AUGCUUCAAAGAUUAUACCUCCGGGGAAACUACCUCGAAGGCACCAUCCCGGUUUCACUUUCAAACCUUUCCUUUCUCACUCAUAUUAAUCUAAAUUACAACAAUUUACACGGUAACAUUCCAUCAGAGCUUGGCCAUUUAUCAAGAUUAUCUUCUAUUAGUUUCCGUAAAAAUAACUUUUCAGGAACCAUCCCGGUUUCACUUUCAAACCUUUCGGUUCUCGCUGAAAUUGAUCUAGCACUCAACAAGCUACGUGGAAACAUUCCAUCCGAGCUUGGCCAGUUAUCAAGAUUAUUCUUUUCUUGUAUCGCAGUAAAUAAAUUUCCAGGAACCAUUCCACCACAACUUUUUAACAUCUCUUCCAUCAUUGUUUUUGCUGUGAGCUCUAAUAAACUCCAUGGAUCCAUUCCACCCUGUAUUGGAACUGCUUUCCCUAGACUCGAAACAUUUUUUAUAGGUGGGAAUAAAUUAUCCGGUGUGCUUCCUUAUACGAUAUCCAAUCUUUCCAAAUUAUCUAACCUGGAUGUCGUUGAUAAUCAGUUUACUGGACCUGUGCCUAAACUGGGUACCCUGGACGGUCUUAUCAGAGCAAAUUUUGAAAGAAAUCAUUUUGGAGGUGGUGAAGAAAGUGACCUAAGCUUUUUUAAUUCACUAUCAAAUUGCAGUCACCUAGAAGUAUUUUCUGUAACUCUGAAUAAUUUAACCGGCCAGCUGCCAGCUUCCAUAACCAACCUCUCGACAAAGCUUACCAUUUUGUACAUCGGGGGAAACACUAUAUUUGGGGAAAUUCCUCCCGGAACUGAGAACCUUGUCAGCCUAAACGGAUUAGGCAUAGAAGAUAACCGGUUAACCGGAAGUAUUCCUGUUUCCAUAGGAAAACUUCCCAAAUUAAUAUCUUUAAAUAUUUGGGGUAACCAAUUCUCUGGAAAAAUCCCAUCAAACAUUUGUAAUAGCUCUGGAAAUAGAUUGCAAGGUGGAAUUCCGUCAAAUUUUGGCAACUGUCAUAAACUGCAAUACUUGGACCUUUCUGAAAAUCAACUUACUGGUACUAUACCAAAACAACUCAUUGGUCUUUCGUCACUGUCAGAUACGCUGAACUUAUCCUCGAAUCACUUAACUAGUGAUUUGCCUUCAGAGAUUAGUAACUUGGUAAAGAUUGUCACCCUCGACUUAUCAAAUAAUCAACUAUCAGGAAAAAUUCUGAGUUCUUUCAAGAAUUUCCUUGGUUUACGAGAGCUUUAUCUAGAUGGCAACUUAUUCGAAGGGGUCAUUCCUCCAUCUUUAAAAAGUUUAACGGGAAUUGAAUACUUGUACCUCUCAGGCAAUAACUUGUCUGGUCAAUUCCGGAGUAUUUUCAGUCCUUUGUUUCCCUCGUGUAUCUAA